GCUAGAUGUCAAGUGGAUUCCGAGGAUCAUUCCAGUAUUGUCGACGAUGUUGUGGGAGAAAACAGUGAUUCCGGCGUUGAGGAAGAUGAUCAGGACCUGGAUGUGAACUUGACCUCAGCUCCAGGAGUUGAGACUGUUUAUGUGUUCCCCAAAAACAGUGCCAAAUUGGUUCCAGCUGGAGAAGAGACUGAGCUCCUUGUUGGUCUGAAAAACGAUGGGAAAUCUAGCCUAGGUGUGAUGGGGAUUAGGGCCAGCGUUCAUCUUCCUUAUGAUCAUAAGUUGUUGGUUCAGAAUCUAACCAUGUUGAGAUUCAACAAUGCGUCCAUCCCCACGUCACUUCAAGCGACAUUCUCGUACAUCUUUGCAGUCAGCCAGUACCUGCAGCCAGGAGCAUUUGAUCUGGUGGGAUAUAUCAUCUACGACGUGGAAGGAAAGGCAUACCAGAGUGUGUUCUACAAUGGAACCAUAGAGGUAGUUGAGUCUGGAGGUCUUCUCAGCGGCGAAUCUGUCUUCCUUCUAACACUUGGAAUUGCUCUCCUCCUCCUCCUCGGUCUUUGGGCAUACAGCCAAGUACAGCGUCUCACCAAGAAAACCAAAAAGGUGUCCAAGGUGGAAGUAGGAACCAGGUCUACCGACGCAUCACUCGACGAAUGGCUCGAGGGAACUUCCUUGUCCAAGACAUUGUCUGGGAAAUCGAAGAACAAGAAGAACUAA